UAUCAUUAUCGGGGAGCCCAGGGGACAAACUUAGCAACAAACAAGGCUCGGCCUAAGCAACAUCGGCCCAAUCUUACUUUUAAGAAGGUGUUGGCGCCAAACCAGUGAGCUUUUCGAGAGCGGUUGAAGAAGAAGCGCAAUGGUAGAGUUGUGCUUUGUACUGGACCUACGGAGCUUGCCACCUCCAUUUCUCACAGACCUAAAGCUGUCGCUGUUGCAGCUCGCGAAUCUUUACGCCAUUUCGUCGACCCCGUCUUGGCGCAGAACGGAGUCGCUCAGAGAUCGCAUAGGCCUUUGCUACGUCUUUCAAAAUCCGAUUUCCUUGUCUGAUGAGCUGAAGAUCGUAUACACGCCGAGUCCAAGCGGAAGCUUCAAUCUACGUGACUUCCACCAUGCCGUUAACAAUUUGCCUGCUCAUGGCUUUCAGCCUCAGAUCGACGAUUCUGAUGUGAAACUUUCCACGGUCCUGAACGAUCAAGUUUUGUACCAGUGGGAGGGCAGAGAUAUCAUGAGAAAAGUGAUUGUGCUAACCUCCUGCUUACCCCGAGAUGUGGACUGGAUCAUGCAAAACACUCUCAUGGCUGCAGCGGAUAAGUGUGUUUCGGUGGAUUUUCUACUAUUUGAACAGAAAUCAUCCCACCUCAAUAAUACCAAAGAGAAUAUCAACAAUUUUCAAACAUGUAUAUCUGAUCUUGAUAAUUGCUCCUUUCAAGCAUAUCUCCCAGAUGUCAAAGUACUGCAUGGCCUGGUAAACCGAUGGUUGCAGGAUUUAAAAGAUGACAUGGAAGAACCACUACAAGCUCGUUUUAACUUCAAGAACAAUCUUGUGGGCUCUGUGAACCAGAUAUUCUGCAACUUGUACAUAUCAGUCAAUCCAAAUAUCGAUGUUUUCUAUCCCUGUCAGGCAUGCAGAUGUCAUGGCAUUUCUCUGGAAGAUGCUGUUAGAAAUAGAGCCGAGGGACCUUCUUGUCCAGUCACAGGCUGUAAUCUUGAGACAUGUGAUGUGAUUGAAAAUUCUGUGAAAGUUGGAGAAAAAACAAUCCUUUUACUGCCCUCAUUUCCAAACUCUAUGAAGCUCAAGCGUGCUUCUUUGCCACUUGACUUCAAUGUCAUUGAGAGGACUAACUUGGGUUCUCUAAGUGAAGGUGUUAUAAUGGGUGCUUCCUAUGUUGUGAUUCCAACAACUUGUAAUGAGAUAGAAACUAUUCCAGAUGAGAUUGAUCAGUCAGAAUUGAAUAUUCAACUUUUCCAAGGGCUUUGCAGUGCUCUACAUUCACUGGACCAGUGUUUGGUAUGUUCUUCAAAUUGUAAUAUAGAAACUAUGAGGCAGGCCACUUUGCACAGUUAUUAUAUUCUUCAACCUUCAGACAACGGGCCAAUGCUUCUCAGGAGCGUUGCAGGAUCAGAGGAAGUUUUGCAUGUUCCUGAUAUCAAUCAAUUAACUAUUUCUUCAGUAAGGAAGGAGAUUGAGAACUCCAUUAAAGACUCUUUGUCAAAGGUUGAUGUAAGAGACUAUAAUCCGAUGCUGCAUAAGAGGGGCUUCCAUCAGAAAUUAAACUUGCUUGUAAAAGAGAGCUUACAGUUUGGGCCAAUAUCCCUUAUAUUUAAAGAGGAAACCUGUGAGCCAAACGCAACCCAACCAAAAUUUCCAGAGGUGAUUGUACAGCCAAAUUCAACAAAAGAUAUUGCCUUCAUCAGAGAGGAAACCUCAGAACUAGACCUAACAGCCCAAGAAGACAAAACAUCUGCUUGCAUUACAGAAGAGUGGGAGAAGCUUAUUGUCAAUGAAGUCUCUAGGAUACAUUCUCCAGUUUGCACUUCCAAACCCAAGCUAGACCAAUCACUUCUUCUAUCACCACCAGAUGGUAACCGGCAGCUCGACGCCAAAACCUCAAGGAUUUUAGAGAGGCUUGAGGUGCCAAGACAGUUCAAAAGAGAAUCAGUUUCUCCAAUUCUCGCAAACACCGGCGUGAAGAAUUUUAGUGUUGAGGUAAAGAAGCCUUUGGUCGAGUCCCAGCCUAAUUGUGCUCCACACCAAUCCAUGGCCACCAGCCAACUAAUGAAACCGAAUUUCCAGAGGCUAAAAAGGAAACAUAAAUAAAGAGUGGGCACCCCUAUGUAAAGCAUGAACUUAACUUCAGGUAUGUACCAUUUCCUACAAGUUGAAGAACCUGGUAUGUGGGAAUGGGAAACCUAGUUUCAUCGUUGUUUGUUAUGUUUUUUUUUUCUUGGGUUACAAGGCGGGACGAACCCGAAAACCAAAAAAAAAAAAACUAGCAAAGAAUACUUGGGACCGGCCUAAUCUAUCAUCAUCGUUGUUAGGUUCUUUAGAUUCCAUGAUAGCAUAGUUUAAAUAUCAAAAUCAUGAUAGAAGUUCAAGAAAAUUACAAACUAGCCAUUCAAACUUGAUAACUCAUACACAGAUUUAUAUUCUAACACAGGCUGCCUAGUAGUAAUAUAUAGCAUAUAAUAAGUCAAUCAUUCAUUCUAGAAACAUGCUUUGCACAAGCUCUCUCUGCAUCUCUCUCUCUCUCUCUCCCCACCCUGCAACUUGUAUAAU